AGUAGAUUUUUUUUAUUGCAUUCAAAUAAUCAGGGAGAGCAUAGUUUCUUUAUAAAUGCUUUUUUUAAUUUCAGAGGGACUUACAAUUUUACAAUAUUGUCAAUGAUAAGGUUUCAGAACACAACCUUUCAAAACCACAGUCCACACCAAAGUCUCCAUUUCCCUCCACCAUUACUACAAUUCCCCACUGGAAAUUGCCCACCUCCACCAGUGGACGUUUUAAAUUUUUCUUUCAUUUUAUUGCACUUCAAGAAACUUGUUACGACAGUAUUAACAUUUAUGGUUUUCAAGUACAAAGUUAUUGUACAUUUGAAAGCACCAGAGUACCAAAGACACUCCACCAUUGUACUUUUAAUUAAAAUGUGUAUGUAUAUUUUAUUGUAGUAGAAAUAUUUAAUUUCAUUUUAAUUGAAUCAAAUCUGUGAGAUAGUUGUAAACCUUUCUUGAUCAGUUUUCAGACAUAAAAUAUUUCAACAUCCAUCCUUCCACCAAUACAUUUCCCACCACCAAUGUCCUGAAUCUCCCAUCUACCAGUUCCACCCACUCUGGGCCACCAAGCAUGCCUGUAUACAAGCACAUUUCCUCUUGUCUCUCUCCUCUUGGGCUUUAUGGCUUACAAUACAGAUACGGAGAAGCCAUCAUGUUUGGUCACUUAUCCACUUUUAGCACACAUCUCCAUCCAGAGCAGUAUCUUCCAACCAUCAUUGUCAUAGAGGUCCCUGUUCUGACCCCAACAACUCUGCACUCAGGAAAUUAUCUGCGGUGCAGGGGAUCAAACCCAGUUGGCCCAAUGCAAGGAAAGCAAAAAACCUGCUGUACUAUUGCUCCAGCUCUAAAAUAUUAGAGUAUAGGUGACUAACCUCAAUAAUCUGGGUGGGUCUUAACCAAAAAAAAGGGUUAACUCUUUCCGGAUGAAACUAACUUCUUGUCUUCUGAGUUGAAUUAUUGCUACAAUCUGACAGACACAUAUAUUGGGAAAACAGUAUAUUCCAGGAAAGGAACAUAUCAGGAAAAUGAAAUUCAAAACCAGAAGAAGCUUAUCACUUGGCAUCUGUCAGCAAGGGUUGAAAAUACCAAACACUAAUCACUUGGACUCUGUCAGCAAAAUACCAAACAUCAAAUGCUGAGAGUACAGGGAUGCGAUGCAGCAAACUUGAUGGGCUGCAUGCAAGAAAAGCAAGAUUUCCCAUUGAAAUCAUAUUUAACUCAACAAUAUCGAAGUCAUACUGUUGAAAAACCUUAUACAUGUAAAGAAUGUAGGAAAACUUUCUCACUAAAGUCAUGUAGAAUUCAACAAAAUCAAAUUCAUAUAGUAAGAAAUCCUAGGGGUGUAAAGCAUGUAGAAAAUAUUUCCCACUAGAGAAAUCCUAACAAGAAUAGUAAGUCUUUUGCUGAAAUGUUGAAGGCCACCAAAGUGGUAGCCAUCUCUAUAGACUGAACUAAGCCAUAUCCCCACGCCGGCUGAGAAGAAAUAUCCUUCUUUCUCGGGAAGAAACGUGGCGUGGCGUUAACCAUAGUAUGAUGUCCAUUAAGCUGACACGGACCUGGUGGCGUGGGAAUCGGAUACAAGGGAAUAAAUUAUUAUGUACUUGGAACAGCGGGACGCUGGUGGAAUCUUGAGCCGGGGCCAAUACCAGCGUAUUACUUUUGGUUCCAGAAACUGCUGGCAGACAUUCUACCAGACUAUCAACUAAGCCAGAGCCCCACGCCGGCUGAUGACGAGAAAUAACCAUCUCUUUUGGUUUGUUUUCCCUUUGUCAGGCAGCGUGGUGAUUACUAAACAGGAGUGAUCUCGGUGGCGCGGGACGAGGGGGGAAAAAAUAGAAAAGUUAUGGAACAAACAGCGGGACUUAAUAUCUCUACAUUAUCAGCAAUGGAGAGCCAUCAAAUGCUUCCUUGACAGUGGGACUGUCUUCUCUUUUUUGGGGGGAAACCCUAGCAACAAUAGUGAAUUAUGUGUUGAAACAUGGACUGUAACCAAGAUAAAGUGUAAACGAAGUGAAACUUAUCACUUACAAGGGCGGGGACUGGGGGGGCGGGAGGGGGCGGGAGGUAUAAUGGGGUGGUUGGUGAUGGAAUAUGGGCACGGGUGAAGGGAAGGGUGUUUGAGUACUAUAUAACUGACAUAAUCCUGAGAACUUUGUAACCCUCCACAUGGUGAUUCAAUAAAAUUAAAAAAAAAUAUUUCCCACUAGAAUCAUGUCUAAUUCAACAAUAUCGAAGUCAACAGGUGAGAAACCUUUCUCAGUAGUUUCACAUCUAAGUCAACAAUAUGAAAUUCAUACAGGUAAGAAACACUACGAACUUUAAAGGAGAAGCUAAGUCAACAAUAUUAAAUUCACACAGGUAAGAAACACUAACAACUUUAAAGAGGUAGGUAGGAAUAUGUUCUCACUGAAAUAAAAUCUAAUUCAAUAAAAAAACAAAAAAUAGGGAGACGUUGGAACACCCCAACUCUUGAGGCAAGCUUCCCCAACCAUGAACCAAUCCUCCUGGUCUUCUGUCUACUGUCCUCAGGUGAUACUUUGUUUAGGUAUAGGUCUAAGAAAUUGCCUGAUGAACCCUUUUUUCAUUCUGAUUCACUUCACUCACAAGAACUUCAUGCAAUCACAUCCAAGAUACAGCAGUUCCUCUUUUGUUUUUGGGCCAAUCACACCUCUGCCCCCCAAUCCGCCCAGGUGUUCAGGACUUACUCUUGGCUCUGGACUCUGGCAACUACAAGGAUGCCAGGGAUCAAGCCCAGGUGACCACAUACAAGAAAAGCAUCUAAUCUGCUGGACAAUUGCUCUAAGUUUAGAAAUAUUUAAGUGUAAGUGACUAACCUCAGUAAUCUGGUGGGGCUUACCCAAUCAUAUCAAGCCUUUAGAGAUGAAACCAAAUUCUUGUAUUCCAAUUUUUUUUAUUGCCAAAAUCUGACAGACACAUAUAUAUCAGGAAAAGAUUACAUACCAGGUAAGGAAAAUAGAUGGAAAAUUCAACUCAAACCCGGCAGAGUAUAUCACUUGGGAUCUACCAGCAAGGGUAUUAACAAAAUACCAAACACUUAUCCCUUGGUAUCUGUCAGGAAAAUACCAAAUAUCAAAUAUCGAGAGAGUACUGGGACACCAGUGAUCAAACACAAUGGGUUGCAUGCAAGGCAGGCAAGCAUGUACAAAACCUUUCCCACUGAAGUCAUAUCAAAUUCAACAAUAUCGGAGUCAUUCUGAAGACAAACAUUACCAAUGUAAAGCAAGUAGCAAAACAUUCUCAUUAAAGUUAUGUAGAGGUCAACAAUAUCAGUUUCAUACAGUGAGAAAUCCUAUGAGUGUAAAAAAUGUAGGAAAUCGGGGCUGGAGCGAUAGCACAGCGGGUAGGGCGUUUGCCUUGCACGCGGCCGACCUGGGUUCGAAUCCCAGCAUCCCAUAUGGUCCCCUGAGCACCGCCAGGGGUGAUUCCUGAGUGAAGAGCCAGGAGUGACCGCUGUGUAUUGCCGGGUGUGACCCAAAAACAAAACAAAAUAAAAUGUAGGAAAUCUUAUCCACUAGAAUCGUAUCUAAUUCAACAGUAUGGAAGUCACUCUGAUGAAAAACCUUAUAAAUGUAAAGCAGGUAGGAAAAUUUUCUCACUAAAGUCACGGAAAAUUCAACAAUAUCAAAUUCAGACACUAAGAAAUCCUAGGGAUGUAAAACAUGAAGUAAAUCUUUCCACUAAAUAAUAUCAACUUCAACAAUAUCGAAGUCAGACAGGUAAGAAACCUUUCUCAGUAAAGUCACAUCUAAGUCAACAAUAUGAAAUUCAUACAGGUAAGAAAUCCUAUGAAAUUCAAAGGAGGAGGUAUGGAAAUUUUCUCACUAAAAUCAUAUCGAAUUCAAUUAAAAAACAAUAAAGAGGGAGACGUUGGAAUCCCCCAGCCCUUGAGUCAGGCUUCCAACCAUGGACCAAUCUUCCUGGUCUUCUUUCUACUGAACUUGGGUGGUACUUAGUUUCCUUAGAAAUCACAUAGCUGAGAUUGCCCAAUGAACGCUUUUUUCUUUCUGAUACACUGCACUUUCACAACUACAUCCAAUCAGAUCCAACGUACAGCAUUUAUCUUUUCGUUUUCACCAAUUCCACCGCUGCUCAGCCCCCAAGUGUUCGGGGCUUACUCUUGGCUCUGCACUCAGGCAAAUAUAUGGAUGCCAGGGAUCAAACCCGGUUGAUCUCCUCCAAGGCAAGCAUCUUCCCUGCUGCACAAUCGCUCUAGCCCUAGAAAUAUUUUCCUAUAAGUGAUUAACCUCAAAAAUCUGGUGGGUCAUACACAAACAGAUCAAAUCUUUCCAGAUGAAGCCAAAUUCUAGUCUUCAAUUUUUUAAUUGCCAGAAUCUGACAGACACAUAGAUCUGAAACAUCUGUAACAGGCAAGGAAUAUAUCAGGAAAAUGCAGGUUAAAACCACGAGGAGCUUAUCACUUGGCCUCUGCCAGCAAGGGUAUUAACAAAGUACCAAACACUUAUCCCUUGGUAUCAUUCAGCAAAAUACCGUAUGUCAAAUGAUGAGAGAAUAGUGGCACGCCAGGGAUCAAACCCAAUGGGCUGCAUGCAAACGCAGGCAAGCAUGUAGGAAAGCUUUUCUGUAGGGAGCCAGAGCACAUUGCGCAUGUGUCCCAACGUGGUAAACAACCACAUUGCGCAUGCGCAUGACUGGCCGACAUCCGGUGUCCCAAUGUGGUAAACAACCAUAUCGCGCAUGCGCAACAACCACAUUGCGCAUGCGCAACAACCACAUUGCACAUGCGCAACGACCACAUUGCGCAUGAGUGGCGGCCAUGACAGAGUGACCUCAUAUGGGGUGAUUGGCGGGCGCCAAUAGAUGAGCGCCACCUCAUAUGGGGUGAUUGGCGAGAGCCAAUAGAGUGCCACCUCAUAUGGGGUGAUUGGCGAGAGCCAAUAGAUGAGCACCACGUCAGAGGCGGGGCAACCAGGCUAUAUAAGGACUGCCAUUACCCGGGUUGUGGUUCUUUCUCUUCGGGAGUUAACUGAAUAAAACGGCUGCAGAAGGAUCCUCAACCCGUGUCGUCUCACUCUUUGCUGGCGAAGGGAAAUCGCGACACGGGCUACGAACAACUGGUGCCGAAACCCGGGAAAUCCAUCUUGCACCGCGAGGAAGAACCCCUCCUUUUGGAGGGAGGAUUCAGAACUGCAGGUACGACUGCUCGGAGAGGCGUGCUGCGGACCACUGCCCAGUGUUGGUAAGAAAAGAAUGCCCGUUUCCUGGUGGUGGGGAGCACUCUUUGUCCUCCUUAUUUGGAUUUGCCUUCUCUUUUGCUCUUGUGUCUUUACUAUGGGCACUGAGGCGACUUGGAAGAUGGUUCAAAAUUGUUUGGAGGAUGAGGCAUGCUCCAUAGUGGUCAGGGAAGGCCGGCAGGUGUUGGAAAAGGUCCAAGACAGUUUGUCAGAAACCGAGCGAUCAGAAGGGCUGGGCGCGUGUAUGAAAAUACCCAGCAAUAAGGAAAAAGGACUGCCCGGUGGGGGCAAGAAGUUAGAAGGGAGAGGGGAAAUAAAUAAGGAAAAAGGACUGCCCGGUGGGGGCAAGAAGCUAGAAGGGAAAGGGGAAAUAAAUGAAACAAAUGACCCUCCCGCUGCUUGUGCACCUCGAUCCGCCUCGGACGAGGCCGGGGACUUGUACCCCAGGCGUGACGUGGCUGCAAUCAGCUUAGACCUUAGACAUAGACCUAGACAUAGCCCCUCGGAGGAUUCCUCCCUUAGUUCCGAAGAGGAGGAUUUAUUACAGCAAAAAGCGGCCCGUUAUGAAGCAACUAGGUACCAUCCUCUGAAGUCUCGGGCUCGCGGUGAGAGGGGCUCGACACGCCCCUCGCCUUCCGCUCCUCCCCCUCCACCCUAUCAUGAUCCUCCCUUGGACAAGGCACGUCCAUCUCGUACUUCCCUGUUUCCUGAUAAUCUGCGCAGGCAGAUGCGAUUAGCUUUCCCCGUCUUAGAGGGGGAUGGGGACGAGCGCGUUUACGCCCACGUGGAGUUUGCUCAGAUUAAGGAGCUAGCGGAGGCGGUCAGGAAAUACGGAACAAAUGCCAACUACACCAUUUCCCUGCUUGACAGGCUAGCACGGGAUCGAAUGACCCCCAGGGAUUGGCAGGACGUGGCCAAAGCCACGCUACCCAAUAACGGGAAAUUUCUAGAGUGGAAGGCCCUCUGGUAUGAUGCAGCUCAGGAUCAGGCUCGCCUUAGCCACAACGCCCGCUAUGCCGCGCAGCACGAGUGGACCAGUGAUAUGCUUACUGGCCAGGGCGUCCAUGCAGAGGAUCAGAUUAACUUACCCUGGGGGGUAUAUCCCCAGAUAUCCUUGCUUGCCAUAAAAGCCUGGAAAGGCCUUUCCGCAAAAGGUGAGACAAGUAACCAACUCACAAAGGUCAUUCAGGGGCCUCAGGAACCCUUCUCUGAUUUUGUUGCACGCAUGACGGAGGUGGCGAGUCGCAUUUUUGGUGACUCGGACGCAGCGACCCCCCUUAUCGAGCAGCUCAUUUUUGAACAAGCGACUCAGGAAUGCAGGAAUGCCAUAGCCCCGAGGAAGGCUAAGGGCUUGCAGGAUUGGCUCAAAGUCUGCCGCGAGCUCGGGGGCCCCCUCUCCAACGCUGGCCUAGCGGCAGCCAUUCUCUGCUCACAGCGGCAGCGAGGCUCGGAUCCCUCCUGGGACCGCACCUGUUUUAAUUGUGGGAAGCGAGGACACGUUAAGCGUGACUGCAGGACGCCGCGGGAGACCCCCUCUCUGUGUCAGCGCUGCAAGAAGGGCAAUCACCCCGCCGACCGUUGUCGGUCCGUCCGUGACAAUACGGGGCGGCUCCUCCCACCUCUAAUCUCGGAGGAGCCAAAAAACGGGAGGCGAGGCCCAUGGUCUCAGGGCCUGAACAAGUAUGGGACCAGGUUCUUUCGGGAGGCUCAGGAACAGCAACCCAGUGCAGAGUCACCCAACUGGACCUCCGUGCCACCUCCUCCCUCACCAUAACCCGAUU